AAAUCUCACCUCUCUCUUCCCCGGUCUGCCAUUCCAUCUCUCUUCUCCAUUGAAUUCAGCGGCGAUUUCCCCACGGGGCUUUUCUUCGCUCAACGACGUUUCUGGAUUUCUAGGGGUUUGGGCUUCAAUUCCUCGUUUCAUGCCGUCUAACUGAAAGAGAAGUCUUUACAGUCUCAUUGUUGAAAUCCUCGAGUUUGGUGACUUUGGUCGUAGGAGCAAGGCUUGGUUAUACAACUGCAGUUUCAAUAGCAGUUAUGGCGCUCAGAUCUGUAAGCAGAAGGUUUGGAACCAGAUUAAUGGCUCGACAAUCUUCUGUUGCUUUGCUUCAUUCUCAUGCCACUAGCUUCGGGUUUAAAGAAGUACGGGAAGAAGAGAAAAGUAAGUUAGUUGGUAAUGUCUUCACUAGUGUCGCUUCAAGCUAUGACGUGAUGAAUGAUCUGAUGAGCGGCGGUCUGCACAGGCUAUGGAAGGAUAGACUCGUCGGGAAGCUGAAUCCAUUUCCAGGGAUGAAACAUCUUGAUGUGGCUGGUGGAACAGGGGAUGUUGCCUUCAGGAUCUUUGAUGCUGUAAAUAGUGUCAAAAGAAGAGAAUUGCUGAAAAUUGAUGAGGCUUCACUUGAAGAAACUCAGAUAUAUGUAUGUGACAUUAACCCCAAAAUGUUAGAUGUCGGGAAACAACGAGCUACUGAGAGAGGUCUGGGACAAAACAAAUCUCUCAUCUGGGUGGAAGGUGAUGCAGAAGCUUUGAGUUUUGAUGACAAUUCAAUGGAUGGAUACACAAUUGCGUUUGGGAUUAGGAACGUCACUCACAUUGAGAAAGCUCUUUCCGAGGCCUAUAGAGUGCUAAAGCGAGGAGGAAGGUUCCUCUGCCUUGAGCUCAGCCACGUAGAAAUCCCGAUUCUUAAAGAUAUAUACGAUUUUUACUCUUUCCAAAUCAUACCAAACGUAGGAGAACUUGUGGCCGGUGACAGGGAAUCUUAUCAGUACUUGGUCGAGAGUAUUCGCCGGUUUCCCCCUCAGGAGAAAUUCGGGUCGAUGAUAGCAGAAGCUGGGUUUGAGAAGGUGGAGUAUGAAAACCUGGUUGGUGGAGUUGUCGCCAUUCAUUCUGGUCUCAAGCUCUAACCAAAGCCUAUCUUCUUCUUCCUUUGCUUCUGUUUUGUCUUUGUUUCAUUUCAUUGCAUGCUUCUAACUCUGCCGCCUGUAGAAUUUAAUUAUUCAUUACUACAAAAAACAAUAAUAAUAGUAAUGGUCUUACCUAGACUUAUUUAGUGAAUAUACUAUAAUCUAAAUGUAAAGUUAAAUUUGUUAUUC